CUCAGUGGCAGGAUGUCGACCAUGCCAUCCAAGCCAAUCGUAUUCCAUUGCCAGAUUGGAGUGCUUGGCUGCGGUGACUGCAGACCGUCCCUCAAAUGUCCUCCCCAUCUGUCGAUUGUAUUCCCAGCCCUGUUUUAUGAACUCAAGGAAGAUGAACACCCGACCCCUUAUGUUGGCACCGUUGAUCUCACUGACAUUCCCGAUCGACCGGCUGGCUAUCGACUACCCCCAAAAGGUCAAUUGCAGAUUGUGAUUAAGAAUCCAAACAAGACUGCCGUCAAGCUGUUUCUGAUUCCCUAUGAUGUAAGCGACAUGCCAAGAAAUACAAAGACCUUUUUGCGUCAAAAGUCAUAUGUUGAGGAUCAUGGAAGGAAUCAUCUGCGGUAUGCUAUCCAUGUCCAGAUCUGCCGACAUGAAAAGAGAAUCUACCUCUACAAUCAGGUUCGAGUUGUAUUUGCCAACCGAGUAGCUACACUAAAUGAGAAACUCAAGGUGAUGUGCGAAGGACCAAAGGCACCAGUGUAUGUUCCUCUGUCCAAAGCAGAAAAAUAAAAGAUGAAAUAAAAAAUCUGUUUCUUUU